AUGAAGUUUUCUCUAGCUGCUGUUGUGGCUCUUGCCGCCACCGUCGCUGCCCUGCCUUCGGACGACCACAAUGACAAACAUCAUGGCGGGAUGACCCACGAUGACAAGCAUCACGGCGGGAUGAGCCACGGAGACAAAGAUCAUCAAGUUCGCUUCCCAGUCCCUGACGACAUGACCGUUAAAGAGGGGUCCGACAAGUGCGGUGACCAGGCCCAGCUGUCUUGUUGCAAUAAGGCUACCUACGCCGGUGACACCGUCGACUCGGAUAAUGGCAUCUUGGCCGGUUUGCUUAGCAACCUUCUUGGCUCCGGAUCGGGCAGCGAGGGUGCUGGCAUCUUUGAGCAGUGCUCCAAGCUUCCUCUCCAGGUCAACAUCAUUGCAAUUGGUUUACAGGACAUUCUCAACCAGCAGUGCAAGGAGAACAUUGCCUGCUGCCAGUCAACUGGCUCUGAUGCGAACGGUGACCUCCUUGGUCUCGCACUUCCUUGCAUUGCUCUCGGCUCCAUCCUCUAA